AUGGCCCGCGCCGCAGCCUGCCGGGAGGACAUCCACUACUUCCACUGCCUGCGCAUCGUGGAGAUCCUCAAGGGCACCGAGGCCUCCACCAAGAACCUCUUUGGGCGCUACUCGUCGCAGCGCAUGAAGGACUGGCAGGAGAUCGUGGCCCUCUACGAGAAGGAGAACACCUACCUGGCCGAGCUCUCCAGCCUCCUGGUGCGCAGCGUCAGCUACGAGGUGCCCUCGCUGAGGAAGCAGAUCGGCCGGUGCCAGCAGGCCCAGCAGGACCUGGCGCGCCGCGAGGAGGAGUGCCAGCUGCGGGCGGGCGAGCUCCGGGAGCGCUUCGGCAGCGCCUGCAAGCAGUACGGCAUCACUGGUGACAACGUGCGCCAGGAGCUGCUGGCCUUGGUGAAGGAGCUGCCGUCGCUGCUGGCCGACGUCGGCGCGGGAGCCAGCGCGCUCCGCGAGGCCAUCGAGCUGUACCAGGCCUGCGUGGAGUUCGUGUGCGAGAGCUCCGCGGAGCAGGUGACGCCGCUGCUGCGGCACGURGCCGAGAGAGGCAACACGACCGUCUAUGAGUGGAGGACGGGGCUGGAGCCCGUGCGCGUGGAGCGGCCGCCGGUGGAGGAGGUGCCGGAGCCGCCCCGGGAGGACACGAUUGACUGGGGGGACUUCACGCUGGAGCCGACCCCCGGCGGUGCCGGCACCGCUGCCGAUGGGGCAGCCCAGGGUGAUGGGAUCGACUGGGGCAUCACGCUGGAGCCCAGCCCGCAGCAGGAUGAUGGCAUCGACUGGGGAGAUGGUGAAGACGAUGGGGUGCAGAUCACGGUGCUGGAGGCUGGCACCGAGGUGCCGGAGGGUGUCGCCUGUGGCUCUGAUGCCCUGACGCUCCUGGAGAACCCRGAGACCCGGAGCCAGUUCAUCGAUGAGCUCAUGGAGCUGGAGCUGUUCCUGUCGCAGCGGCUGGCGGAGAUGGGCGAGGAGGCCGACGUGCUGGCCGUGAGCCAGUUCCAGCUGGCCCCCGCGGUGCUGCAGGGCCAGAGCAGCGCCCGCGUGGCCGCGCUGCUGGCCACCACCCAGGCGCUGCUGGGCCAGCUCAGCACCCGCCGCAUGCAGCACCUCUUCAUGAUCCUCGCGUCGCCCAGGUACGUGGACCGCGUGAGCGAGCUGCUGCGGCAGAGGCUGAAGCAGGCGGAGCUGCUGCUGCUGAAGAAGGAGACGAUGAGCCAGAAGCGGCAGGAGGCCCUGGCGGAGCAGGGCGCCUUGGAGCCCAAACUCGACCGCCUGCUGGAGAAGACUAAGGAGCUCCAGAAACUGAUUGAAGCCGACAUCUCCAAGCGCUACGGCGGGCGCCCUGUGAACCUCAUGGGGGUCCCUGCGUGAGGACGAGGACACCRUGGGCAGCACCCGCUGCAGCUCUGCUCCCCAGGGACCUCGCUGUGCAGCACCC